AUGGAUAUAAGGGAAGAAAAGUAUUACAGUGCUACACCUCAUAGUAGCAAUUUCAAAACAGCCUUGAAUGAAUUUGAAAAAUUGAUUGAGCAGACAGCAAUCCAGAAAAAAGAAGAAAGAGCAGGCUUAUUUAUUCAAAAAAAAGAUGCAAUUGAUUAUGACAAGUUUUAUGCAUCAGUCCAGGAACUCUUUGGUCCAGAAGUGAAGAAUCAAGAUGUGAAGUACUUUUACAGGAAACUCUGCAAUGACCCUGAUGCACCUAUAGACUGGUGUGAGAUCUUUGGAUAUUUCUCCAAUGAAAAAGAUGCUCUUUCUUCAAAGAUGGAUUUAGAAAAUUUGAUUUUCCUGGUCUCCAGAAAACAACGAGUUAAAAUUGCAGGUAGUAGAAGAUGGGAUGUGAUUAAGUGCAUUGUCAAGAUUCCUCAAUUGGAUUUACUAGUAACAGCUUCUCAGACAGGAUUACUCACUGUCUUUAAUAGCCAGAUGAAAGUUCAGACCAGCAUCAAUGUUACAGGUACCUCCUGGAUUACAGGAUGUGAUUACCUCUUACAGCUGAAACGAAUUGUUGCCAUUACAGAAAGGAGCAUCAUUAUCUGGGAUUAUAAAGCUCAAGAGAACAGCCAGGAAAACUACUUUGUUAUCAAGCCCAUGGACCACCGCCUCCUGUGUGUGUGUGUGGUGCCUAUGCCUGAACAGCUCUACAGAGAUGACAUCCUCUUUGGGGAUGACAGUGGUUUUGUGAGCAGAUUCACCAUAAAUAGUGUUGACUUUGGACUAAAGCAGACAAAAUCCAAAAGGAAAUUUAAAAAUCAGGUCUUGAAUUCAAAGAACUUUAAAAGUGUUAAAAGGAAGCUGCAUAAUGACUUGGUUAUGAAAAUUAGAUAUAUUCCAGCCCUAAAUUGCUUUGGAUCCUGCUCCUUAGACAGUGUCCAUUCAUUUGUUUUGGAAUCAUUGAAGAGACUUGAGGAUAAUUUGCCUGUCAGAGAGUUUGCCAUACCAAGAGGAGCCAACACAUUUUGCUACUGUUCCAAAGCAAAUGUGAUUGUUACUGGAGGAGAAGAUAAGGUACUCCGUCUGUGGCACCCCAACAUCAGCACCAAACCUGUGGGGAAACUUGUGGGACACAUGUUCAGUGUCACUGAGAUUGUAACCAAUGAGAAGGAUCAACACGUCAUCAGCCUUUCCUCUGCAAAGGUUUUCAGGGUGUGGGAUAUACAGACUCUCUCACUACUUCAAAUCUUCCAUGAUACCCAGGGAGGACCAGGAGACAUGCAGAUUUAUUCUAUGAUAUAUGAUGCCAAUCAUGGCAUGCUCAUAACAGGGUCUAGUGUUAUGGACAUGUACCCUUUGUCAAGGAUGAUACAAGAUACAGAACAAGUUCCUCAUACACAUAAACAAGAAAUAAAUGUCAUGCUUUACAACAAAUCUUUUCACCAAGUACUCACUAUUUGCUCUGAAUCCAUAAUUAAGGUAUGGGAACUCGAGACUGGUUUCCAAAUAUACCAGAUUUCAGAUGCUCAUGGCUACGCUGUUGAAGUGACAUCAGGAGCUAUUGAUGAAAGUGGAUUUUGUUUUGCUACAGGAGCAUAUAAUGGAACAGUGAAAAUCUGGGACUUUGGCAGUGGGCAAGAGAUGAAAGUGUUGCCUAAAGGGAAAGAAUGCAAGGAGGAAGAGCACUGGGUGAAACAUCUGAUUUUCCUCAAAGCUCAAGAAAAACAGCAGAACUUGAUCCUUGCCUUGGAGCGCAACGGAGCUAUCAAAAUCAUGCAGGGCAAGGAAGAUGAUAUUUUCCUCACUGUGAUAUGGGAGCUGCCUGAUGCCAUGCCUUACUUCCAGAAUGGGAUUCACGUGGUGCAUCUGGAGAUGUCUACUAGAGACAGGAACAUGGCUAUUCCUUUCCCAGAUGUCAAAUUAAUAGUUGAGAAAAAGUUCCCUCAUCACACUCCUAACCCUGCCAUUAGUACUGAAGUCAACUGUGUUAAUUUGUUACAAGUAGAAGGAUAUAAUUUGAUAGCUGUUGGAACCGUAAAUGGUGUGAUCAUCUUAUGGAAUUUUGUAACAGCUACUGUCAAAGAAGUGUACCGACCCGAAGAUUCCUUCAUUGUGGACAGUAACGUGGAUCCCAAACACUUAAGAAUAAAUGAUAUACUGUUCCUCUUUCAUACACCUGAAUGUGAAAGAUCAAGUCAAGAUUCCAUUGGUUCCUCAAGCCAGUGUGACUCUAGCAAGGGUCCACAGAGUUGUAAGGGAAGCAGACAAAGUAUACAUGACGGUGAUGUUAAAGGUGAACAUACAGAUGUUACAGUGAGAGAGACACAUGCAGUGGACAAAAAACAUUUCGAAGCUGCCAACAUAAUAGAAUGUCAGCCACCCAUCCUUGCCACUGCUCAUGAAGAUGGACACCUCCGCUUGUGGACUAUGGAGGGAAGGCUAAUAAAAGAUACGCUACCUUUCACAAAACAUUCUGCCAUUCCUCUGGCAUCACUGUAUACUGAUUCAUGCGCCAGGAUGCUACUGACUGGAAAUAUGGAAGGACAUGUUGUCAUAUUCAGCAUUAGUUCCUUCCUGGAACCUCCUCAUGAUGAAAAGAAAUUCAAGCAGCUGCUUUCCUGGCGUGCCCAUGCAUUAGAAAUUAUUCAAGUAAUCUACGUGGAAGACAAACAAGUAGUGCUUACAGCCUCCAUCGAUGGCUCAGUAAGGCUUUGGCAUGCCCUCAGUGGUCAUUACUGUGGCUACUUUGGACAGCGAAGGAACUUUGAAUUAUCACCGACAAGUGAUUUCAUUUUGCCGUGUGAUGUUAGCGAAUAUCCCAUAGAAAUGAAAGAAGAAAGCAAUUUAACAGAAAAGGAAAGAUACGAAUAUCCUCUGGUAUUUGACCGAACAAGAUGGAGGAAAACGAGCUCAAUGUCUUUACUAUUCAAAUGUACACCUCCCAAGCCCUUUGAAGUGGAACAAGAUUUUAAGUUUUUCAAGUCUCUUUCUUCUCCCAAGACUCAAAGAUAUGCCUUGGAAAGUUCCUUGAGUGAAAACAUUAAGGCAGGGAUUGUAUUCGGUUCUCUGCCUAUAUACAGGGUUCCAAGUCCCCCUAGUCUAAGAUUCCUUCCACUCAUUGGUUCAGAUGCACGAAGUGAAUCUUUAGAUGGCAUUUCCGGAAAAAAGAAAGGAGGUCAUGCUCAACAUGAAAAAGCACCACGGAGGAGAAGUCUGAAAACAAAUUUAGUUCCACAAAUAAAUCUGGCUUCAUCCUUCUUUCCAGCAGUGCCUAAGUAA